AUGGAGGCUUCCUCUCCCCUUGCGGCUCUGCACCGCCCGAUGCCCGUCCCCGGAUGGGGCAGCCGUGAUGUGUUCCGUGGACACCCUCACUACUCGACCGCCUCGGUCACCUCUGCUACAAUGAGCCUGCGCGAGCAAUUGCACAAGACUGCCGACUACUUCAACGUCAAGGACGUACGGGGCUCCUCGCCUGCUGCGAGUCUGGCUGCUGACUUGUCCCAGAACUUUCGUCUUGACAAUGACUCGAGUCCUCAAUUCCCCACUCCGAGACGGGCCCUGUUCACUGCCGGCAUGAUGGGUGGCAUGGAAGGUCGAGUCACGACUCCUCCGUUGCCCUCCUCGUCGCCCGCGCCCCUGACCGAGCUCAUGGAGGUUUCGCCUCUACCUCACAAGGCACCCUUCUUCACACAGUUUGAGAUCACUUCUCCGACGCCUGGGUCAACUCCAGCCGCUGACGACGAAAUGAUGCUCGACUCACCCGCUCCCAUCUCGCGGCAGUCUUCUCUGGAACCGCCGAAGCAUAUCGUGGCUGACCGCAGGAUAGCUGUGCCGCGAAGACCUUCACUCACACGAAUGAAGGGUCUCAGCACAACGGCAGUGCCUAGUCGGUCACAAGGUGACAGCGAACUGCCCCCUUUCCGCUUCGGUGCGGGCUCCCGUCUCAACCACACCAGCUCCAACCUCUCCCUUAGUGAAUGCUUCGAGUCAACAUCACCACCCCAAGAGCGACGACCUGCCUCUGCCAACAGCCCCUGCCCCGGUCUCCCUCUCUCCCGUGUGCGACCCCAGUUCCUCAACUUCAACGCCGCUCGCCAUGGUUCGCCCAUGAACUGCCACUCUCGCCGGCAAUCCAACCCCUUUCUCAGAAACCGAAAGCAGUUCCGCCGGUCACUAAGCAUGUUCGAGCAUCCCGCUGACAUCAUGAAGAACAAGUCUGAGGGCGAGGAGAGCACCUCGUCUGCACUGCAAUCGGUUAUGGAUGUCGAGGAGGCACAGGAGCCCGCCCUCCCCCAUUUCCUGACCGAGGAUCCAACCGACACCAUCCCCCGUAUUACCAGGGAAACCCUUGUGGACGUCUUGGACGGAAAGUACUGUGAGCAAUUUGACCAGAAGAUGGUGAUUGAUUGCCGAUUUGAGUACGAGUACGAUGGUGGCCACAUCGAUGGCGCUGUCAACUACAAUGACAAGGACCUCCUUACCCGCCAGCUCUUCGAUACUCCCAUGAGCGGGCGUGUCCUCCUCAUCUUCCACUGCGAAUACUCGGCCCACCGUGCUCCCCUCAUGGCUCGCCAUGUCCGAUCCGAGGAUCGCACCGUGAAUGCAGAGUCAUAUCCCAAGCUUACAUAUCCUGAAGUCUACAUCCUGGAUGGUGGAUAUUCCGGAUUCUUUGCCGAGCACCGAGGCCGGUGCUACCCCCAAGAAUACGUUGAGAUGUCGGAUGAGAACCACCAGCGCACCUGCGAGCGCGAGAUGGGUCGGCUAAAGUCUCGCAAGGGCCUCAGCCGUGCCGCGACCUUUGCUUUUGGCCAGCGUGGACCUUGUGUGGACGAGUCACCGACUGCUCCUAGCCGACCUUCAUCACGACAUCUGCACCCUCCCAUUGCCAUGAUUGGCAACUCACCCAUCCUCGGGGAGAGAUCACAUACCCGUCGUAUGGCCUCAUACUAG